GAGUCCUUCGUCCCGCAUCAAUGCAAUGACGAACAAAGGCAGCGGAAAUGCAGCGACAGGAGCAUCAUCAGCUCAAGAUGCGCUGAGCCUGCACGACCUUGACCAGCAAAAGCCGCCCCUACUGCGCUUACCACGCGAGCUUCGCGACCAGAUCCUCGGAUACCUCUUCGCCCACUCGCCACCAAGACCUAUCCUCGGCUGCAGGCUACCCGUCACGAUGCAUACGUGCCAGCAAUUGCGCGAGGAAACAGCACAGCUCUACUACCCCAAAAAGACGUGGAUCUGCUUGUCACACGACCUGGAUCGUCUCGCUACUGCGUUCGACCCUCAGCACAAGCAGUAUCUUUACGCUGUCAGCUACGCUUUCUACAUGUUCAAAGUCGCCACGCCGCAGGACGCAAUACUGCAAGCCGAUCACCUGGACAAGCGACAUGGACUGGAAAAGGGUACCAUUUGGGUCCGUUGCUUGAAGCAGAAUGGGGGCAUGCGCUCAUACAACGCGCUUGGAACUGCAGUCGACUAG